AUGAAGUUCUUCUUUGCCACUCUGCUUUUUGUCACUGUGAUAUGUGUUAAAUUAGGUUCAUCACAGGUUACUAUUAACAAUCAACCAUUAACUGUUCCACCUGAACCUCUAAAGGAUGACCACCAUGAUGAGAAGAAAAAAGAUGAAAAGGAUGGUGAUAAAAACCAUGAACAUGAUCACCCUCCUAAGCCCGCUGAACCCAAAAAACUCGAAGAUCACCAUGAACCACCUAAAAAACCGAAAGAAGAAAAUAAAAAGGAUCAUCCUGAUCCUAAAAAAGAUGAGCAUCCUAAGGAUGCUGGAGAAGAUAAAACGGCUGACAAAACUGAUCCUCCUAAACAACCUGAACAGCCUAAACCAACUGGACCGCCUACACCAACUGAAUCGAUUACACCAUCUGGACCGCCUAAGCCAACUGGAUUGCCUGCAACAACCGGAUUACAGGGACAAAAUGCAUUGGCUGGACAAGCAGCAUUACCUGGUCAAGCCGGAUUGAAUGCACAAAAUGGAGUGCGCUCAACGAAUGGAUUGCCUUCAACAUUAGGACAAAAUGGUAUGUUUGCACAAAAUAAACAAUUCGGACAACAACAACUUUUAAAUCGUGUACCGCAAAAUUCUUUACAAACUGUAACGCCCGCAGAAAAUCAACAAUUUAUAAACCCCACAGGAGUUGGAACGCAUUCACCAUUAGGACAAGGUCAACAAUCUUUCACUCCCGCAACACUUGGAACACCUACAGCAGCCGGAACGCCUGCAGCAGGUGGACUGGGUGCACAAAAUCAAGCAUUUUCUGGUUCUUCACAAGUUGGAGCGGCUGGAGUUGCUGGAGCGACUGGAGCGGCUGGAUCAUUCGCAGCACAAAAAGCACAAGGUUUAAAUUCUGGAGCAGGUGUGGGUCAAACACAAAGUUUAAAUUCUGGAGUAGGUCAAGGUCAAAUACCAGGUAUAAAUUCUGGAGUAGGUCAAGGUCAAACACAAGGUCUACAUUCUGUAGCAGGUCAAACUCAAACACCAGUUACAAAUGCUGCAUCAGGAGUAAAUCCGCAAGCUGCGGGAUCAGGUCAAAAUCCUGCACAAGCUCAAAUUUCUGGACAAGGUGGGACUGGCGCUGCAGGACUAAGGCCAGGAUCAGGAGCUGGAGGAGCUGAGUAA